CUGAAUACCCAUGAGUCUGUUGGCGGAGGGUAGCGCUCACCCUGGCUGAUCGUCCCGUGGCUUGCCUCUAUUUGUUGGAUGAGUUUCUCUGGAAGAUGGAUCACAGUGGGAUCCUGGCUAGUCUAAUACUGGCUACUGUUCUCCCCCAAGGGAGCCCCUUCAAGAUAGAAGUGACCGAAUACGAGGACAAAGUAUUUGUGAAUUGCAACACCAGCGUCAUGCAUCUAGAUGGAACUGUGGAAGGAUGGUUUAAAAAGAAUCAAACAGUCAACUUGGGCAAAGGCAUCCUGGACCCACGAGGGAUGUAUCUGUGUAAUGGGACAGAUGAGCUGGCGAAGGAGAUGUCUACUGUUCAAGUGUAUUACCGAAUGUGCCAGAACUGUGUGGAGCUGGACUCGGUCACCAUGGCUGGUGUCAUCAUAGCUGACCUCAUCGCGACUCUGCUCCUGGCUUUGGGAGUCUACUGCUUUGCAGGACAUGAGACCGGAAGGCUUUCUGGGGCUGCUGACAUUCAAGCCCUGCUGAAGAAUGAGCAGCUGUAUCAGCCUCUUCGAGAUCGUGACGAUGCCCAGUACAGCCGUCUUGGAGGGAAUUGGCCCCGGAACAAAAGAUCUUGAGAUGGAGGUUUCUCACAGUGCCAUAUCAACGGUGCCUUCCCCCACUGUGCUCAACCAAUAAAGAUGUGUUCCUUCAGUCA